ACUGCGGCUGUCUGGUCCAAAUUCUGGCUUUGAAAUGAAAACACCAUAAAUUUUCAUUGAAACAUAUCUCUUCAAAGCCUUGUGACCUUGUCCCUAUGCUAUAUAUAUCACACACACCUCAACGCAUGUAUACAUUAUGGAGCUCCCACAACCACCACCAUCACCGACAAUAACACUUACACAACCAGAAGCACCAUUACCAUUUUCUUUCCUCUUCUAUCUCUUUCCUUCUCUCUGUCUCUCAGAUUCCUCAUCAGCAGUGCAACUGCAUUACAAAAUGUCUCUCAUGUCUGCCACUUACAGCACUUCCUCGUUUUUUCUACCGUCUGUUUCUGGUUUACCUUUCUAGUUCAAUCAGGAAAAAUAUACUCCUAUAUAAAAUCUCCUUUCACAUGUUUACCGCUCUUAUCUUCCAACCAUAGUGACACACUAGCAGCAGAAGCUUCGUGCAGAGUCAUAUAUAAGUAGGAAAAAAAAAGUGUCAACAUGUCACAUGUGUCACGAGAGUCACCAAUAAAAGUUCAAUACAUAUAACCGUUCGAAGGGGACUUACCUCUGCUUAAAGUUUUUUUAGCAGUCUCAACUGUAGCCUCUGGAGGAAUUCGAAAACACACACACACCAUGUCGUAUUCGUGUGUAAAAGACUUCUUGAAGAGGUUCUGUAUGGAUGAAUUUCCUAUGGAGGGUGUUCCUCGUAGCGGCAGCUUCCUCUCUAGUGAUCUCUUACCAUCACUUGGAGCCAGAAUCAACCAGGCAACUAAGCUUCGAAAAUACAUAAUUUCUCCUUUCAGCACCCGAUAUAGGGCUUGGGAGAAUUUACUGGUUGUUUUAGUCAUUUACUCUGCCUGGAUUUGCCCUUUCGAGUUUGCAUUUCUGCCUUACAAGCAAGAUGCACUCUUCAUCUUUGACAACAUUGUCAAUGGCUUCUUUGCCAUUGACAUCGUUCUCACCUUCUUUGUUGCAUUUCUCGACACCCAAUCCUAUCUUCUCGUCGAUGAACCUAAGAGAAUUGCAUUCAGGUACAUAUCUACCUGGUUUAUCUUCGAUGUCUGUUCCACCGCACCAUUUCAGUCUAUCAGCCUGUUGUUCACAAAACAUAGCGGUGAACUUGGGUUUAAACUGCUCAGCAUGCUCAGACUCUGGCGUCUCAGACGAGUCAGCUCCCUGUUUGCAAGACUUGAAAAGGACAUUCGUUUCAAUUAUUUCUGGACUCGUUGCAUAAAGCUCAUUUCUGUAACUUUGUUUGCUGUACACUUUGCCGGAUGCAUUAAUUAUCUGAUUGCAGACAGAUACCCUGAUCCAAAAAGAACCUGGAUUGGUGCAGUGAACCCAAGUUUCAAAGAAGAUGGUGUCUGGAAUAGGUAUGUGACAGCAAUUUACUGGUCUAUAACCACAUUGACAACUACUGGCUACGGAGACUUGCACGCUGAAAACCCAAGAGAGAUGCUGUUUGACAUAUUUUACAUGUUGUUCAACUUGGGCUUGACAUCUUACCUCAUUGGAAACAUGACAAACCUUGUUGUUCACUGGACCAGCCGCACCAGAAAUUUCAGAGAUACAGUGAGAGCUGCAACAGAAUUCGCAGCACGAAAUCAUCUGCCCCCUCCCAUACAGGAUCAGAUGUUGGCACACAUAUGUCUCAAGUUCAAAACAGAAGGAUUGAAGCAACAGGAUACCUUGAACGGUCUGCCAAAAGCAAUUCGUUCAAGCAUCGCACAGCAUCUAUUCUUGGACAUUGUUCAAAAAGUCUAUCUUUUCCAAGGGGUUUCUCAUGACUUCCUUUUCCAAUUGGUUUCCCAAAUGGAGGCAGAGUAUUUUCCACCCAGGGAAGAUGUAAUUCUGCAGAAUGAGACUUCAACAGAUCUUUACAUAAUGGUCUCCGGUGUGGUGGAUAUCCUGUGCAAUAUUGAUGAUGGGCAAGAAAAAGUUCUUGGAAAGGCAUUUGCAGGAGAUUCAUUUGGAGAGUUUGGAGUCUUGUGUUACAGGCCACAACCUUUCAAAGUUCGGACGACAGAGAUUUCUCAAAUUCUCCGACUCAACAGAACUUCACUGAUGAACAUCAUACAAACAAACGAAGAGGAUGGGCGCAUUAUCAUGAGCAAUCUUUUCCAGAAAUUGAAAGGGGAAGAAAGCUUAGGCUCUGAAUACCCACAUAAAGAUCCUGGACCGAUCCUGAGUGAAUGGCCUGAUGGAGGACCAAUUGGAGGAACCUGUUCACCUACAGGAUAUCAACAUAAUUCACAUGACGAUACACCAAUGCAGGAAGCAACAGGCAUACAUUUCCCGGGAUCAGAGUCUACAGAGCAGAGUGAAACAGACCAAAGUCAAAUGUUUAACAGAUCUGCUAUGGAUGUGCAUUUCAUGAAUGAGGAUGUCCAAAAAGCUCUUCAUGCUGCUAUUCAGAAGGGGCAUCUUGAGAUGGAGAAGAUUCUGCCGGAAGGAGGAGCAAAUGUAAAUAAACAAGAUGCUGGAGGAUGUACACCAAAAGCUAUAGCUGAACAGCAAGAAAACAAGUGCAUAAAUGACCUCCUACUAAGUUAUGAAAAUGGGAGGAAACUGGAAGAACACAGAAUAGAUUUAAUUGGCCCAGAAUCAGCUGACAACGGCAUGUAUAGUCAAAGCAGACUUAGAAGACAAGGCUGCCAAUCUGUUAACUCCCAAUCGAAAAAGAAACCCACAGACUUCUUAUCAACCAGAGUUAAUUAUCCUGGUGAUACAGACGUGAUUAAAUCGAUCAAGAAGAGAGUCACCAUCCACAUGCAGCUUCAACAUAACAGUUCAUCACAGAGGCAGCUUGCAAAGCUAAUAAUCUUACCCAAUUCGAUAGAGGAGCUGCUCAAAAUAGCUGGUGAGAAGUUUGGAGGCUACAAACCUACAAAAGUUAUUAAUGCGGAGAAUGCAGAAAUAGAUGACAUAAAUGUUAUUCGAGAUGGCGAUCAUCUGUUUCUCCUUUAAAACAACUGUGAAAAUCUGCAUUGCAAUGUGACCUAAUGUUUAUUCAAAGGCAAGGAUGUACACAUGCCAAUAGCUUGUAACUUUUAGCCAAUGAUUAAAGAGUUAGUAACAAAAAUUUGACUGCUUCAAGUGGUAA